CUUUUACUACCACUAUCUCAUCUUCGUUACUCCGGUUUUGUUUGCUAUCUGCCAGCGUUUGCAGGAACCUAGCCCAGUUCGAACAUCUGACGUCAUCCAUCACAAGCUUGGUAUACGCCAUACAACGACACCAGCCUGGUCAAAUUCCUCAACCUCAUCUCUACCAUUCAAACAACAUUCAAUAUGGUUCACCCCACCUCAACCUGCUGCAAGACAAAUCCCAGCGGCGGUUGCGUGUGCGCCGCGCAGGCAAGAUGCUCAUGUGGAAAAGAGUCUGCUCUGCACUGCACCUGCAACAAGGCUUCUAGCGAGAACACGAUUCAGGGGGCGAGAUGCUCGUGCCGGGCUCGUCCGGCCGGCCAGUGUACUUGUGAGCGAGCAGCGAGUGAAAACAACCCUGUAGAUGGGCAGACUUGUCCUUGCGGGAAGCGACCGGAAGCUUCCUGUACUUGCGAGAAGGCUGAAGCUGUUGAAUCUGCCCUUGAGACAGAUUUUACGACGGCCAAGGCUUGAUGCGUUUGAAUUCAUGUUAAUGAAGCUUAGGAGGGUUGACUGUCUUGAUUUUCUUAAGGGUGUAUUAUCUUAACUGGGAAUGGCGUUGAUUGGAGAACUGUAUAGCGGAUUAUGACAUGCAUUAUCAGCAAUAAAUU